CUCUAUUAUCAACACGUUUCUUUGCAAUCAUUUUCAUACAACAUUGUAUAUUUGUUAUAUUAUACGGUAUUCUUAUAGAAUAAUUCUAUUGAUACUUGAAUUUUCAAAAUGGUGAAGCAGUUCUUCAAAAAGAAGAGCAAGCGGCAGUCUUGUAAAAUAAAGUACAAGAUUGAAAAAAAGGUCAGGGAGCAUGACCGCAAGCAAAAGAAGGAAGCCAAAAAACGCCCGAAACCAACAAAAAGAAAAAAGAGCAUAGUCGCAGCUGUCCCUAACAAGGCACCCUUUAAAGAUAUCGUCAUAAAGGAAGCAGAACAGCGAAAGAUAAAGAAAGACGAAGAGCGUGCGAAGGCAAAGCUGAGGAGGAAGGAUGCCAAACAGAAGGAAGUUAAUAAGAAGAGAAAUCUCGACGGCCUGCAGAAAGAUGCGCAGAACAGAGCGACGGAGUUCGAAGAAAAGAAGCAGCGUGAGGCGGCGGCCGGCGGCGACGCGGCGGCAGGGGCGGCGCGGGACGGCUCGCUGAAGGCUUACUACCGGGAGUUCCGUAAGGUGGUGGAGAUGGCCGACGUCGUACUGCAGGUGCUGGACGCGCGAGAUCCGAUUGGCAGCCGCUGCUACGACGUCGAGAGCGCCGUCCUGUCCGCCGGCACCGACAAGAAACUCGUCCUCGUGCUGAACAAGAUCGAUUUGGUGCCGAGAGAGAUCGUUACAAAGUGGCUGCAGUACCUGAGAAAUGAGUUUCCUACCAUCGCCUUCAAAGCUUCAACACAGAACCAACGUCAGGGUUUGUCUCAGGUGAAGGUGAAGGUGGCGACAGCGAGUGAUGGCUUGCUGCAGUCAGGUCGCUGUGUGGGAGCCGACCUCCUCAUGAAGCUCCUCGGCAACUACUGCAAGAGUCACGACAUCCGUGUCGCCAUCCGCGUCGGCGUCGUCGGUCUUCCCAACGUUGGUAAGAGCAGCAUCAUCAACAGCCUGAAGAGAGGCAAGGCAUGCAGCGUGGGUGCCACGCCCGGCGUCACAAAGACCAUGCAGCUGGUGCAGCUGGACAAGCACAUCUCGCUGCUAGACUCGCCCGGCAUCGUGAUGCCUGGAGGAGGCGGUGACGACGCGGCGUUACGUAACUGUGUGAAGCUGGAGAGCGUUAGCGACCCGCUGCCUCCCGUCGCCAUGAUACUACGUCGCUGCAGCAAACAGAACUUGAUGCUUCACUACAGAAUUCCAGACUAUGCUGAUCUGAAUGAGUUUCUUGCUCUGAUGGCCAAGCGGACGGGACGGUUGAAGAAAGGUGGAAUACCAGACGUAAACAAAGCUGCGCGAAUCGUACUGCAGGACUGGAACAGUGGGAAGAUAACAUUCUACACACAUCCCCCGGAGCAGCACUCGUUACCGACACACGUUAGCGCCGAGAUCGUAACCAGCAUGGCUGGAUCGUUCGACAUCGCCGCACUGCAGAAGGAAGAAGAGACUGUCUUGAAAGGUUUGAAACCGCUCUGUAGUCCUACCGACAUGAUCGUUGAGACGUCAGGACCUGUUACUGCCUCCCUCGAAGAAAUGGAAGCAGAAGGUGAUUCAGGGACGAAAGGGGAAAGUGAAGAGGAGGACGAUGAACUGGAGGAGGAAGAAGAGGACGAUGAAAACAGUGACAUGGAGGACGACGGUGAACAAAAUGAUGAAAAAAAGAUAACAUGACAGUUGAACUGAAAACGAAAAAGAAAGCGAAAAUCACAGCGCGCCAUUAAGAGUGUGUUAGAGGAUAAGAAGCGGCGGCUGCUGAAAGAGAGGCUCUGUUGCCUGCAACCUUCAAGCAAAACAAGACAUUGAAAAAGGCUUUUAAGAAAAAGCAGAAACUACAUAAAGAAGAGCGUGGUUAUAACCAGUGCAUUGGCAGAUGAUCUAGCUGAUAUGAUGACAGUGACAUCUAGUGGUGGCAAUGACAACUAUGAUUUUGGAACAGACUUCAAGUAGUCAACGGAAGAAAUUGCUGCGAGAAAUUCUUGUACAGAGCAAAAAUUUUAAUAAAAGGUAAGAUUAGGAGUACA